AUGCUUGUUAUGUUAGUAAAACCAGCCGACAUUUCUCCACACGAGUGCGCGAGCACUUUCUUUCCGACAGGUCUUCGAACGUUUUUAGACAUCUGCAGAGUUCAGAGUCUUGUCGAAUAUCCUGCGCACCGGAUUGCUUCGAGAUCCUGGACUCUUCAGGUACUGCAGGUUAAGGAGUCUGUGUUCAUAAAAUGGGAGAAAGCCGACCUCAACCAGCAGGUAAAAGACAUAAACCUGACUCUCUCCCUGUCACGUGGCUAAGCGGCACUAAUUUAAACUUUGUAGUACGCAAUAUUACCAACAAAAUGUAACGAACUUUGUAACAUCGCGGCGAAUUCAAAAUAUGUAACACUGAAGAUGACGGGUGUACCGUCGAAACAUGUUUGGUAAAUUAAAGAAGGUUGUUAUGUUUGUACGGCUAUCUAUAUUGUUGCUGCUAUCUAGACCUUUUGGAUCAAUGACCAAUACCAAGUCAAACACAGAUAGUAUAUGCCUUAGACUCUUUAGCUAGUUUUAAAAUGUGACAUUUGACAUCGGUUUACAUGUAGAGCAUGUGUGGACCGUCGCCGGGCGAACGCUGACGUCACAACAAAAAUUUCUCGGAUGGAUAGAUUACCAAAUUUUCUUAGCAAUGAGGCUCCGCUCCCGCGCGCGUGGAGCUCCGCUUAAAACGUUAUCAAAGUGUUUGAACAUGCUACCAGUCAUACACCACUUAUAUAGCUAUUAUUAUUAGUAAGUGACAUUAUUAUUUUUCUGGCUUAUAGCACAUGUCGUACAUCUUGCUGACUACCGAGACGGUUUUGGCUAAAGAGAUUGUGUAAAACUCUGUUACUGCAGGUGCGGAGGAGCCAGUGCACGCGUGAUUCAGCGACGAAUCAUGAGAACGCCCCAUUUUGUUACGGACUCCAUGCAACAGGCACAAGGGCUGUCGUCAUGGUUAAUUUCUCACUUCGAAGAACUCAAGUCAAAAGCCAGUGAAGUCAGCAAACACUGCAAGCUUAUAGGACUGGAACCUUGGUUUGUUGGUUAGUUUCAACAUUUUAGAAAUUACGAUCACUAGAAUUCGCCCAAGAUAAUUCUCAAGAAAUUUUGUUGUUGAGUUAUUGGGUUAUUUUUAAUCAUAAACAAGGUCAACGAAAUUACGUUGGUUAUAUAAUAAUCUGUUACAAUUAAAUGGGCCCGGCCGCACUAGGCAAAUUUUAUCUGUCCCACGCUUCCUCUAGACAAAUGACGGCAACCGGCGAGUUUCGCUUCCACAAAAUUUUGUCAAUUAUGAGUUCAUUUUGAAAUGCAUUAACGUAGAACCCAUGCCAUGGUAUAUAUGCGAUCUCGCCCAGAUUUCCACUCCAAAAAAGCUGCAUUCUCCAAUAGCAGAACAACGUUAAAUAUUGUAGCUGUACGAUUUGUAUUAGAAAAAAAAAAUCGAUAUUUUGGUUGGAACCGCAAACGGUCUGUCGCGUAGUUACUUGAUCACUCCUUGAUUUUCGUUGGAGCUCUUACCUUUCGUUUGUAUUGUUACGGUUAGGUCGCAAUCUGCUGAUGGAAUUUGUUUACGAUUCUGCUGAUGCCGCUGGACAAAAUGGUGUAACUAUAACCACCUGGCACGCAUGUCAGUGGGCUCUAAAACAGAUCGCCAAGGAGCAACCGGAUAUCAACAUUAGGGAGUUUUACAUUGAAACUAAGUUUAGUGGCGAUAAAAAUGCUGUAGCAAAAAAUUACAUAAAAGGUCGUGGACUUGAAGUUCAAGCUGAAGCUUAUGUCACGGAGUCUGUCCUGCAAAAUGUCUUGAAGGUACCUAGCAUAAUUUAUUUUACUCUAGAGGGUGUUGUUGAUAACUAGUCGCUCACCGUUGUAGUUAGUGUAUUAUAGAAUCUUAUAUGGAAUGUACACUAGUAUUCUGUACCCCCGUCAAUAAUAAAUGCUUUGCAAACUGAACGAGCUGAAUAAACUCUAUAUAUAAAUUUUAUCAUUCUAUCAUUCUUUUUUUUUUUAAAAAAAAAACUAUUAAAAUCCUAUUUACAAUUAAUUCGCUUAAAAAAAAAAAAAAAAAAAAACUAUUCAUUCAAAAACACUAUUUACAAUUUCUGUCGAUUUAAAAAGCACUUAAUUUAGCUUUAAAAAAAAAUUAAAACUAAGAAAAAUUUUUUUUUCGAAUUAAAAACAUUUCAUUUCAAUAAAAAAAAAACUGUCAACCUCUAAGAUUCAAAAGUUUCUUUCAACUUAAAAAAAAAAAAAAAAAAAAAUAGUAAUAAUAAUUGAAAUAAAAAGAUAUAUAUGAUAAAAAACGAUUAUCCGUUUAAUGGCUCCUUCAGCAACUUCGACGUCGAUAUCAACAUUCUUAAUGUUUUGGUUUCUGGUCCUAGAGCCUCGAAGGUCAUCAACAAAACUGUUGAGGUUCUGGUUCUGAAAUGGUUUUGCAUUUUGCUCCCCUUUUUGAUGGCAAUCAUUUAAGCAUAUUCCGCCAUUUAUGAAGAAGAAAUGUUCCAUGCUCGAUGUCCAGGACUCUCUCUGAAAGACGCUUUUCCGUUCUCAUGGAUACUUUUGUUGUGGCUCUAGGUCCCUAUACGAUACAGCAUUUGGGAUAAACAAAAAUGAAUAUAUUGUUAUCAGUUAAUAAAAACGAUUAUCGUUAAAUAGACCUCUUUAGCUCGUAUGUUUUGGUUUCCCAUCAAAAACGAGGUUAAGUAUUUACGCAUAAUUUAGCCUUUCCUGAUUUCAUUGGGAUAACAAAACUGAUUUUCCAAAACGAGGUUCUUAUUUGAUAUAAAUAAAAAUAAAACUCAUUUUCACAAGAAAGGUUGUGCACUUGGCCUCAUUUCGAAAGUGAGGGUUUUUGGAACUCGGAAGUGGCAUAUUAGUUGUUGUCCGGUCAUCACAAAGUUCACGGUUCAGUUCCAUGUCAAGCUUGGUUUUUGAGGUUCGCCCCAUGUAAGGAUAUCCGAGCCUUGGAUCCUGUAUUCCACGCCGUGAUUCCAGAUUCCAGGUACUGGAUUCUGGAGUCAGUGGAACUUGGAUUCCGGAUUCUGAUUGUUAGUGGGAUUCCUAAUUCCAAAGCCUAGGAUUCCGGUUCCACAACUCAAAUUUCCCAGAUUUGUGAUUCCACAAGACAAAAAUUUUAUCGGAGUCCGGAUUCCCUUACAUCGGGUGAAAUGGUCUUGUUCAACCGCUUUGAAUGGUUUUUCAUUCAGCUGUAAGGAUCGAUUACGUUUACGUUUAGUUCUCUUUCUCUUUAGCCGCAGUAUAUACAUUUGAUUUUUUUAGUCAUAUAUUCUUAGUUAACACUGUAAGCCCUUUAGCUUUGUAGCUAGUCAUUCACGUGGUGCACAACCACCAUGCUGAUCAAGGGAUGCACCUGGGCAGGAGAAACAAAGAGCUCACACCAUUUAGCAAGGUAAUUUCCCUUGUUUGUCUUCUCCCAGCGAGUUCCUUGCUCUCCAGCAUGGCGGUUUUGUCACAUGUGAGUGACCAUAGUUGCAAUGGUCCUAUUAUCAUCAUUUAUGUGUUUUUCGUUUUCAUUCAAGGUAGAUUCAUCUACAUUGUACAAGGCUUUCCAUGCUCUUCAAAUGGCAGCACAGAGAUCUGGCUCGUACGGUGUUAAUCAGUGUGUCAGUAAUACAAUUGCGGGCAUUUCUGCUGCCACAGGACAGGAUUUGGCGUCUGUCCAUGAGAGUUCCUGGGCUGUGUUUGACGUGACAGUGGAAAGAAACAUAAAAGUUGCAGGUGAAAGGCUUUGAAUAUGAUAAACAAAAUUCACAAAAAUUGUUCACGUAGGACAUGGUUAACAUGAUUUAUUAUUCAUUCAAAAUAUUUCCCCAAUUCUGAUUGAGGUUGAGUUGUUUUGGUUGUGAAAACAAAAAAUGGCGGACAUUUCACUCGUUUCAAGAGUAAGAACUAGGCGAAAUUAUAGCUAAAAACAUGGCAAGAACAGCAAGAACACAACUCAAGGGCGACAUCUGCUAUUUGGAGAAUAUUUGCAGAGCUGAACAACCCUAAACGUGUCCUAUCGAAGGUGAACUUAACAUCGAUGGAGGUAAGCAUGUGUUUGCUUUGUUUUAUUUCCAACUAGGAAUUAUUUUGAAUGAAUAAUAAAACAAUUAUUGAAUUCGUCUUUCGUAUCAUAUGAAGAAUUAUGGAGAUCUUGGAGGGUGUUAUCCGCCUCGGCCUACGGCCUCAACGGAUAACACCCUCCUCGAUCUCCAUAAUUCUUCAUAAGAUACUCAGCCUCAUUCAUUAAUUGUUAAUUAGUAUAAUUACAUUGAUGAUUAUCAAAAAAAUAGAGCGUUAUGAUUGGCUAGGAGCUUCGCUUCAUCCCGCUGUAAUCACCGCGCGGUGAUUAUAACAUUGAAAGCUAGCAGUUUUCAAAAUGGCAGCCAGAUUUUGUUGAUGUUUCGGAGUCGGAAAUUGAUCAAUAAUUUUAUUUUCUCGAAUAAUCAUCAAUGUAAUUAUACUAAAACAAUAAGUCGCCUCAGGCGACGCGAAUAUCGGCGGAUAGAGACUUUGGAAAAAUGUGGCAAUAGCGAGUACAAUAGACCUUAUUCACGAUACCCGCCAAUUUUGCACGCGCUUUAGGAUUGACGGGAUAAAAGCGAUCUCAGCGUAUUUUAAUUGCAGUCUAAAAUGUAGAUUAUUUUAAUGAAUGUGUAAAAAAAUCGUCACUAAUCCGCGCUCUCUUUUCCUAGCAGGUGUAGAGUCAAAUGAGGAAUAUGAACCUGGAAUAUACGCCAGCCUUGUUAUCCCUGCACUUCUUAUUGGAACCGUAGGAGGUGGAACAGGGACACCAACCGCAAAAGAAUCUCUAAACAUGAUAGGCUGUUUUGGAAAGGUAGGAAUCCUUUAUUUCUGCUUAUCUAUCAAUUCAUAGGAUUUCAGCGCAAAUAGAAUUGCCUGAACAAUCUGAGAAAAUAAACUCUUGGCUCAAAAAAAAACAUUCUUUAUCUCCUUACAGGGUCGUAUCUAUCGAUCUGCGGAAAUAAUUGCUUCAUUUGCGCUGGCCAUGGAACUCUCCACGCUAUCAGCUAUAGCCAGUGGCCAAUUUGCAAGUGCGCAUAACAGACUUGGAAGGAACAGACCAGAGUAAGCAAAAUAAAAGAAAAAAAGAAUCGUGUGAUCAUAAAACCCAAACCGCUACAUACUUUUUCAAACUCCACAAGCUAAAAAUAACUGAUUCAAAAUCGGUUUGAUGAUUUGCCGGGGCGAUUU